AUGAUCGACCCGUCGCAGCUGCCGGUGCCCGUCACGAGGACGCCCAUCGCCCAGCUCGAGGCGGCCGCCGCGGCCGCUGCCGACCCCAACUCGCUCUCAUUCGCGCCCGUCAAGAACCACAACCAGUCGGGCUUGACCCAGCGCCGCAAGAUCGCCAUCCCGCCCCACCGCAUGACGCCUCUCAAGCGCGACUGGAUCAAGAUCUACACGCCUUUGGUCGAGGAGUGCGGCCUCCAGGUCCGCAUGAACGUCCACAAGCGCCAGAUCGAGAUGAAGACCUCGAAGCACACGCCGCACCCGUCCUCGCUCACUCGCGCCGCCGACUUCAUGUCGGCGUACUGCACCGGAUUCGCCGUCGAGGACGCCAUCGCCAUGUUGCGCAUGGAGGAGCUGUACAUCGAAUCGUUCGAGGUCAAGGACGUCAAGAUGCUGCACGGCGAUCACCUGUCGCGCGCGAUCGGCCGUCUCGCCGGCCACGAGGGCAAGAUGCGCUUCAUCAUCGAGAACUCGUCGCGCACCCGCAUCGUCCUCGCCGACUCGAAGAUUACGAUCCUCGGCACGUACGCCAACAUUGCCGUCGCGCGAGGCGCCAUCUCGGCACUCAUCCUCGGUUCGCCGCCUGGCAAGGUCUGCGCCAACCUGCGCACGUACGCCUCGCGCCAGCGCAGCCGGUUCUGA